AAACUUCCGGGAGGAAGGGAGGAGAGCAGGAAAAAAAUAAAAGCCUCUUGCAUGCAUUUUUUUUUGCUUGUUGCAUCUUAUGCAUUGAGAAAAAUUAAAAAAAUUGCAAAAUGAAUGUGGUUUUUGCAGUCAAGCAAUACAUUUCCAAGAUGAUUGAAGACACUGGAACAGGCAUGAAAGUCUUGCUGAUGGAUAAGGAAACGACCAGUAUUGUGAGCAUGGUCUACACCCAAUCGGAGAUCCUACAGAAAGAGGUCUAUCUCUUCGAGCGCAUUGAUUCGCCCAACCGAGAGAGCAUGAAACACCUCAAAGCCAUUUGUUUCCUGCGCCCGACAAAGGAAAACGUCGACUACUUGAUGCAAGAGCUCCGCCGACCCAAGUACAGCACCUAUUUUAUCUAUUUCAGCAACGCCAUCAGCAAGAGUGAAGUCAAGUCUCUGGCCGAAGCGGAUGAGCAAGAAGUCGUCGCCGAAGUCCAGGAAUUCUAUGGAGACUACAUUGCGGUGAACCCUCACGUCUUUUCCCUCAACAUCCCCGUCUGCUGCCAGGGGCGCAAUUGGGAUCCGGCACCCUUGUCCCGAGCCACCCAAGGCCUGACAGCUUUGCUCCUUUCGCUCAAGAAAUGCCCCAUGAUCCGCUACCAGCUUUCCUCCGAACCGGCAAAGCGUCUUGCAGAAUGCGUCAAGCAAGUGAUCACCAAGGAAUAUGAGCUUUUUGACUUCCGCCGCACCGAAGUCCCUCCGUUGCUGUUACUGCUGGACCGUUCGGACGAUGCUGUUACCCCACUUCUGAACCAGUGGACCUACCAGGCUAUGGUGCACGAAUUGCUGGGCAUCAACAACAACCGGAUCGAUCUUUCUCGCGUCCCGGGGAUCAGCAAAGACCUGCGAGAGGUGGUUCUUUCCGCCGAAAACGACGAAUUCUACGCCAACAACAUGUACCUGAACUUUGCCGAAAUCGGGACCAACAUCAAGAACCUGAUGGAAGACUUCCAAAGAAAGAGGCCGAAGGAUCAGCAAAAGCUGGAGUCGAUCGCCGACAUGAAGGCCUUUGUGGAGAACUACCCGCAGUUCCGGAAGAUGUCCGGGACGGUCUCGAAGCACGUGACGGUGGUGGGGGAGCUCUCCCGCCUGGUCAGCGAGCGCGGCCUCCUGGAAGUCUCCGAAGUGGAGCAGGAACUCGCCUCCCAGAACGACCACUCCAACGCCCUGCAGAACGUUCGGCGCCUGCUGCAGAGCCCGAAAGUCUCGGAGCUGGACGCGGUGCGGCUGGUGAUGCUCUACGCCUUGCGCUACGAGCGCCACAGCAGCAACAGCCUCCCGGGACUCAUGGCCGAACUCAAGAGCCGAGGCGUUUCGGAGAGACACCGAAAGCUUGUCUCUGCUGUGAUCGAAUACGGAGGGAAGCGAGUUCGAGGGAGCGACCUCUUCAGUUCCACCGACGCCGUGGCCAUGACCAAACAGUUCCUCAAAGGUCUCAAGGGCGUCGAAAACGUCUACACGCAGCACCAGCCACUUUUGCACGAGACGCUGGACCAGCUCAUCAAGGGGAAACUGAAGGACAACCAGUAUCCCUACCUGGGUCCCAGUACGCUCCGGGACAGGCCUCAAGACAUCAUCGUCUUUGUGAUUGGCGGGGCCACCUACGAAGAGGCCCUGACGGUUUACAAUCUGAACCGUUCGACGCCCGGAGUUCGGAUCGUGUUGGGCGGGACCACGAUCCACAACACCAAAAGUUUCCUGGAAGAAGUUUCGUCGUCCGGAUUCCGAGGCCGAGGUCCGGAAACGGUUCAAAUGACAGCAAGGACAACAACGCGGAGGAUAAACUGACCCGUCCAUUAUCCCGACUGUAUAUAUCCCUUGUUCUAUCAUUUUCCCGCUGAAUUUCUGGACAUUGAUCGUGUCUCCCUCCGUCGUAAACCCAUUGCUGGACACAUUUAUUGCUCCUUAAAAAAUUAAAAUAGAUAUAAUAUAAUCAUCAUCAUUGUGGAAGGAGAGGAAACGGAGGCGCCCGGAAACAUUCGCUCCGUGAAUCCCGUUUUUCUGAGAUUAAAUGACUUAUUCCCCAAACUCUGUGGUCGUCUUAAUUCCAGGCAUUGUUAUUAAUUCCUCCAAAUAAACAAACAAAUUUGCAUUAAAA